AUGGGCGAAUCAAAGGUAUCGAAAAUGAGGGAAGAAAUGAAGAAGAAAUCGGAAUCGACUUUGAUAGGACAGAGGCAAUUUAAAACAGAUGCUAAACAAGUCCGUGGUGGACAGGAUUGUUCGAAUCGCGAUCAAUCCCUGGACGUUGACGAAUCGAAAUACUUUGCAUCUGCCCACUGCCUUCGCUUCAGUGAUCUGUGGUAUUCUGUUUAUCGCUUGGAAGAACCGAUACUAAACCAAGCAGUGUCUCUUCAAUUGUAUGAAAGACGAAGCUUACCUGAUGGUACUACUCGUUGGGAAGAUCUAACUCCUUCGAUGAUUAGAUUGGAUACUUUUUCAAGACGUUACAUAAACAACGACGAUACCCUCGCUUUUACUUAUCGUGCUAGAAGAGAAGUAUCAAAAGAAUUUCCUGUUACUUUGGAUGUUAAAAAGGAUCGAUUGCUGAUACCGUCUUCUAUUUCUACGAGCAAAGAUUUUAAAAUCAAUCAAUCUAAAGAUGUACUUGAAGAAUAUUUGAUUGUCAGAUCUAGCGAAAUCAGCAAAGAUGGAAACGAAUGUGACAAAAUAGGCGUGGGAUUUAAAGCGUUCGUUGAGCAACCGGAUCGUUGCAGACGUUUAAAAGGAACCUGUUUGAAAAAUCAACCUUUAUCCUACUGGAAACAUGACAGAGAAGCACGGGAAGCUGGGCGAGGUGGUUGCUACUUCUUGAGCAAUUUCGCGUCUGUGCCGAGCGAGGCCAUCAAAUACAACGUGAGCGGAAGCGGAAGUGGCGAGUUUCUUGCUUUGGAGUACCAUUCCCCGCACGUGUCUGCGAUCGACAUUGAAGUCAGAAACGACUACAAUAGCGUCCCCAGUGCAGGGCCAUUUGGACGUAUAACUCAAAUAUACGUGGAUAGUAUAUCUUUAAUACAUACAAUCGUAAUGAUAGUGAUACGCAACGUAGGAUCAACACCAUCAAUUUAUCGCACCAGAAUUGUUAAUUGUCCACAAGGACUACCGGUUUCUUGGUCGAACGUGAAAAGCCUCGUGCAGAUUAUUUUACCACGACAAAAUAGAAGAGUAGUUUUUGAUCUUUACGGCAAACUUCCUUUUAAUGAAUUCCAAUGUACUGUGGAGCUGUUAAACCGUCUUGGGAAAACGGUGGCUUGGAGAAGAAUGAAAGUACGAAAAAUGGACCGUUGCCUCUGUGUUUGGCAUUGUCUUUGCGCUUGCGUUACUAUAGCCGAUGGCUGUCGGCCGUUGUCAACGACGCAUUAUCGCGCAGCAGGAUUUCAACCUCCUGUACCUAACGUCCCAAUGAGAUCUUCCUCCUUUGAUGGAAGCUUCUUCGAUGUUAUACUUUUGCUUCUCUCAAUAGUGGCAUUGUUACUUUUCAUGGGUAUAUCAAAAUGGAUCAUAGGAAUCUAUAUUCCUGAGGUUAGUCGUUGGGGAUUGGAUACUUUAAUUGAAACUACCAAGAUGAACGAGUAUUUUGAAGAGGAAUUAAAAUGCAGAUGUAUCGUUUUCGAUGAAUCUGGUUUUCCAGUUCAUCCGGAUACAGGCAGUAGAUCGAUUAGGAUUUGUAGCAGGAAAACAGAAUUCUUACUAAAUGCUAUAUUCUUUUUAAUUUAUCCAAUCGCAGUUUGCUGGUAUCAAUCAAAAAAAAUGUUUAAAAAAAGACUACGAAAUUAUUCCUUGGAUGAGUCGAGAGCAUGCCUGUCAAGCGACAAAGAUGAGUACGAAAAUCUCGUUACCGUGAGCACGUAUGGAGACAGUAGGAAUUCUAAAAUGGAAGCAGACGAUACGAAUUAUGUCAUGAACGAGCUAAAGAAGUCUCAAGAAUCCUUGCAAGAGUAUAAUAGAUAUAAAAGAUAUCGUUACUACAUGGAAGGAAAAGAUAGAAGUAGAAAUGAUUGA